AUGGCCGGAUCUAAGGCUCUGCACGGACUACUCGCUGUUGCCACCAUUCUGGUGUGCUUGGUUCCUCCUAGCCUCGCUGCUGUGCCUGCCAUUUUCAGUUCUACCGUCAGGUUGUCAGAUCCGACUGAUGCUGUCAGCUACGAGUCAGUUCAAGGAUCGGAUCUUCCUUCCCUCCUGUUCGACCCUUCUCGCGAUGACUCGAUCUUCUCAUCCUUCGCUGAGGAGAGGCCUGGCGUGGUCCUCGUGUUCCUUGGCGAGAUUCGAACCACCGACCUGUCGUCUCCUACUGGAUCGGUCGAGCCUCUAAAGGCUCUCAUCUCCCAGUCCGCGUCCUCCAAGGUCUUCCCCUACGUGCAGCCCCUCGCCCACGCCGACACUGCUCACGCUUUAGACGCUCUGAUCGCCGCCUUUAACUCGCUGGCCUAUGCGGGGCAUGCCGCUGUCAGCGCUUCAUGUGGGCCCGUCUCCCGUGCGGGGAUUCACCGCUUCAGCGGUGAAGACUCGCUCAAGGACCUUCUGGAAGAUCGUGCCAGCGCGAGGGCAGCCAGGGAGCUUGACAUGGUGCUCUACUGCUCGGAUGCCGCUGCUAGCACCGACUCACACGACGAUGCUGUUGCAGCAGAAACUGCUGAGCUCUCCACUCUCGCAACCCUCGUAAGCACAAUCACCCCCAACUAUGCUCUAUUCUACACCGCACUCCCCGACGCCGAUGUGGGAGCGCAGAGGCGCCUUCUUGCUGCUGCUGACGACUAUCCUGCCGCCGGCGCUGGUGCUGCUGAUGCUGCUGCUGCAGGCGGUGGUGCUGGUUUUGAUGCGGUUGGUGCCGGUGCAGAGGGCGUGGAGGGGCAGGGUGUGGCUGGGGAGGCGGUGGCUGCAGAGAAGAAGAAGCAGAAGUGUGGGCCGACGUGCAAGACCCGUACCGCUCUCCUUGAGGGCAUCUUUGCGGGCAUUGUGAUGCUCAUGAUUCUCGUCUCAGGCCUCACGGUCCUCUCUCAGAUUGACACGCCCACAAGGUUUGAGGUUUCCCGUGAAUCAUCCUAA